UUUUUUCAGUGGUAAAACAUAACUUUUCAUGAUUAUAAUGUUCAUAUCCAACAUGCACAUAUAUAUGGUAUAAAGAUAGCUGUAUUUAGUCCUAUUACAAGUGCUGGAAAUACAUGGAAGAAUGAUAACCUUGUAAAAGUAAGAUCGUUUCCACGGAAACUUGUAAACUCCGUCCACUUUAAUUUCUGUAAUGUGCCAUGUGUUACAGUUUGUCAUUUCAUACUGUUCAUUUACGGUAGCUGUGCAGUACUGGUAUUAAGUAGUCACGACCAACACAUCAUAACAUCCACAUGGCGCAGUUACAAGUACAGGGGGCAGGGGCCAUGCCCAGGACGCCUUCAACGUCCGCGCUCCCUAGGACAGCGUCUGGGGCACUGACCGAGGCCAGCCGCUUGGAGAUGUCUAAGAAGGAACAGGAAGGAGGGUAUUACCUGCAGUCCCAGCAACUGAUGGCCUCCUACGCCAGGUCGCAUCUGGAGCACAUGUGCUUCCUCGACAUUGACUCUGAGCCCCACAUGGUCAGGAUGACUGGCAUUGUCUGUACCAUCGGACCUGCCUGUGUGGCUAUACCCACCCUGGAGAAGAUGAUCAUUGAGGGCAUGAACGUCGCUAGGCUUAACUUCUCCCACGGGACACAUGAGUACCAUGCCAACACGAUCAAAAACGUGAGAACAGCAGUGAAGAACUUCACCAAUCCACGCCCUGUGGCCAUAGCUCUGGACACUAAGGGACCUGAGAUCAGGACAGGAUUGCUGAAAGAUGGCCCCAGUGCAGAAAUCACCCUGAGUGUUGGUGAGAAGAUUCGCAUCACAACUGAUGACAGUUUCUACGAGAAAUGCGAUGAGAAAAACUUGUGGGUGGACUACAAAAACAUCACCAAGGUUGUCAACGUGGGUGACCGCGUGUUCAUCGAUGACGGACUCAUCUCUGUUGUGGUCAAAGAGAAAGGAUUCCUGAUAUGUGAAAUUGAGAACGGAGGUGACCUGGGAAGUAAGAAGGGCUGUAACCUCCCAGGUGUCGCCGUCGAUCUCCCCGCAGUCUCUGAAAAGGACAUUGAGGAUCUCAUAUUUGGUGUCGAGCAAGGGUAAGUUGACAUGGUGUUUGCGUCGUUCAUUCGAAGCGGUCAAGGUAUCCGUGACAUUCGCACAAUCUUAGGAGAAGGAAAAGACAUCAAGAUCAUUGCCAAGAUUGAGAACCAUGAAGGGGUUAAGAGAUUUGAUGAGAUUUUAGAAGAGGUAGAUGGCAUCAUGGUGGCUCGUGGUGACCUGGGUAUUGAGAUUCCUGCAGAGAAAGUCUUCCUGGCCCAGAAGAUGAUGAUUGGCAAGUGUAACAAAGCAGGAAAACCAGUCAUCUGUGCCACACAGAUGCUGGAGAGUAUGGUGAAGAAGCCGCGGCCUACGCGUGCAGAGAGCAGUGAUGUGGCCAAUGCUGUGCUGGACGGUGCCGACUGCGUCAUGUUGUCCGGGGAGACUGCCAAGGGACAGUACCCACUGGAAGCCCUCAAGAUGAUGCAUAAGAUCUGCCGUGAGGCUGAAUCUGCAGUGUUCCACAACCAGUUGUUUGAAGAGCUUCGCCGGGAGACCCCCACUCCAACUGACCCGACCCAUACCAUCGCCAUAGCAGCCGUGGAGGCCUCCUUCAAGUGUCAGGCUGCGGCUAUUAUCGUCAUCACAACAACGGGCAGAUCGGCCCACCUGGUGGCUGCGUACCGCCCCCGCUGUCCCAUCAUCACGAUGACGAGGAAUGCCCAGACGGCCAGACAAGGCCACCUGUUCAGGGGCAUCUUCCCUAUCCAUUACACAGAGAAGAGAGUUGACGACUGGACCGUGGACGUAGACCUCCGUAUAUACAAGGGUAUACAGGCGGGAAUGGACAGAGGGUUCAUCAAACCCGGAAACCCCAUCAUCAUCAUCACCGGCUGGAAACCAGGUCAAGGGGCCACCAACACCUUCCGGGUCAUCUGUGCCCCGGAACAGCUGGACCCCAACACGGAAAUGGCUCCCAUCAUGGGGGUACACAGUGUGCCGAGUCUGUCGUCAGUUGAAGAGGAGAAGCCAUCCGUGGAAGUGACGGAAGCUCCCGAUGAGCCCGCGAAGACGCCGGAAAGUCCCGAUGUCAAGUUCGAGUGAACACUUAUGCUUGCAUAUGAAGCUGUUUCCAGUCAUGCGUGCUAAAAUCAUAAGUUAAUUUGCAUAACAUGGUGAGAUGCGAUGAGCAGCUGAUUCGAACAGGCAGGUUUUUGUGCCGAUAUAUAAUUUCCACAAAAGUGUGCAAGUAUUAAUUAUACUAUAAACCCCUUAACCCGAUAAUGGUGAAACCCGACGUUGUAUGUGGUUAACGGACCUCAACUCCCAGCCAAAAAGUCAUUGGUAUCUGCUCAUUUAUGUUUUUAGGGUGGUUGAGUUCAUAAAGUGCUUUUAAACCUUGAUAAAGUGUGUUUAUUAACAAACUUAUCCAGUUGAUGAAAACUGCCCUACAUAACCGACCUAUACAGACGGCUAGUACACUUUUGAACAAGGGUAUGUUGAUUAACUCAAGGAAAUGAAUUGCAUUUGUGAGUGAAAAGUAAAUCCGAGCGCUUGGACGUAAAAGUCAGCUUCACUCUGGUGAGUGUCAGAAUUUUAAUGGCUCCAUUACUUAAAUGUGUUUCGUUUUAGUUGUUUUCUUCGGACGUAAAAUAACGACAUAUGUUAAGCUUUGCUCUUCAUGGUUGUCUAAAACCUUUCCUUUUAAAAUUAAGCAAAGUUGCUCCGCAGAUUAAUUAGCCUGUUGAGUUUUGCCGAGCAUUUGCCCACUGGUUUUGGAAGGAAGUGUUUUCCUAAAAUAACGAUAACUCUAAGAGGUUUUUGUUUUGGAGGGAGA